AUGGAGUUACUACCCUUUACCUCUACGCUUUGGACGCCAGGAAAAUGGAAUAUAAAAGAUGAACACAAGUUACUGUCAGAAUUAGGCGGAGCUGGUACGACCACAGGUCAAACGGGCUAUUACGACACACACGCAGGCUUUGGAGGUGUCGGUAACGUCAGCUCCGCAUCAGACAUUUAUGACACCAUCAACACGAUGAGCCAAGCAACAUCCCAGAAUCUAUACACACCUCCUUUGGCGGGCUCAUUAGGUUCGAAUUCGUUAACUCCUUUGGCGCCAAUAACAAUGCACGAAAUGAAAAUUGAAACUAGCAGGAUAAUGGAUCCAUCAAUGUCUCCUUAUCAUUCCGCUGAAACUAGUUCCCCGUACAAUGGCGUUGUCGGUCUGGGUGCCGCUGUGGACGGUUCAUCACCAGGAUUACCGCUCGCAUUACCCGCAGAAUCCGGAAGUCAACCCGCAUCGCAUACUGGGUCUCCUGACCCUGCUGCUUUGACCGUUCUUCAACCGUCCAAUGGAGCUUCCCAACAUUAUACGACGAUGUUACCAAAUUUUGGGUAUUCAACCACAGCAGGCACCACAAUGGUACCGGGAACUGAUUACGCUUAUAGUACUGCAUACAGUCAGUAUGGAGCAGCUUACGGCACUUAUGGAUAUGGUAGUGCGUCUAGCGGGUUACUUAAUAGUGCGUAUUAUUACAACGAUAUUACCGCCAAUGGAAUCAACAGCAAUGAGCCAGCACAAAUCAGUUGCAUAAACUCAAAUGCAAACACAGACCAAAGCAGUCGGAGCCCUCUAGCGGCGACUAGAGCAAAUUCCCUAGCCUCUGCCAACUCACCGACCGAGAGUGGGAGCGCUUGCCUCAAAACAGAAAACAUUUUUACCCAUGAUCUGAACUUAGCUUAACGUUUCGCCGCUAGACUGUACGAAAUUUAGAAAGGGACGAAAAAUGUUUCAUAUUUAAAUUUACAUAGAAUGUCUAUAUAUUUUUCCGCCUUGUAGGGCAAUAUAGCAUUUAUUUAAUAUAAUAUAUAACAAUUAAAAAGACAAAAUUACUCCAUAUGAUUAUUUUAAGUAUUAUAUUAAGUAUGUACCUACCGUGCUUAUGGAUGAAUGUAAUUAUUUUUUGCUGUAGCAUUUUAAAUUAAAUUUUGCUAUUUUUUCCGCCCGAUGUUGAUGUAAGAUAUUUGGCAUUCUAAUACUAAACCUUAAACUGAGCUAAGGUAGAUGUCCUUGAUUUUUCCUGAAAUUUUUUUUAAAUUUUAUUAUAGGUAGGUACAAUUAUUAAAUUUAUUAUUCUUCUAUACUGGCGUUGGAUUACUUUUUUUCUCCAUAGUAAAAUGCUUAGGCCAGCGUCACGAAACUAGUGCCACAGCGUCGUCACGGGUAUAUUUCAAAUUGUAUCACGCAAAUAAUUUUCUGUUGCUGAUCUGAAUUUUCUAAUUUUUAAAUUUAUAAAAAAAACUUUCUAUGCGUUGUUCAAAGAAUUUUACAGCUUUUUAUCUUAUACACAGUACACAGUUCUGCCAUUUCUUGCACCUAUAUUUUUUAACACAAAACCAAAACACCACAUGUAAAAUUACAGUAUUUUAAUAAUGUUAUAUGAAUACAUAGAGUAUUUUAUCUUUUUAGCGGUUAUGAUAGAUAUUUUCGAAAGUUAUAUAUUAUUUAAAUAUGAAAAAACGUCCCUAAGAAACGAAUGAAUGAGUGCAAAUGCGUAAAAAGUAUGAGCGAUCAAUGAACGUGUAUAGAUAAGAUAUUUGUAGUAUUUGUUUUCUUUUUUGUAAAAUUACUUGUGUUUUAGAUCAAGCAAAUAAUUAUUGUAAAAUAUACAUUGGUCUCAGAAUACUACGAAGAAUCUAUGUUAUUUAUUUACACUUUAAUUUUAAUGUGUUUUUAUUGUCUAUAGUAUAUUUUAUUUUAUUAUAUUUUUAGUGACUAAGAUACACCAAAGAUAUGUUUUACUAGAAUUUAUUUUGUAAGUGCACGUUAUCAUACUAUCAGUCAGACUAGCACAAAUAAAUAAAUUAUAAAUAAUAUAAACAACGAGAGACUUAUUACGAGAGAGCAGAAUUAUUAUUCUAGUGGGUUACCUAAUUUGAUAUAUAUAUAUAUAUAUUAUAUAUAUAUAUAUAUAUAUAUUUAUAUAUAUAUAUAUAUUUAUAUAUUAUAUUAAGGAAUUUAAUAAAAGAAAAAAAGUUAGGAAUUUAUUUGUGACAAUAUUCUUUUUCUUUUGGUGCCUAUUCUUUUCGAAUAUUAGCGUUCAUUCUGGUUAUAAUAAUUUUAUUAACUGAUGCUUAAAAUAGAUUCGUUGUUGUCGUGGAAAACCAUUUCCUCAGGCUUUUUAACCAUGAUUAUCUUCUGCUCCCAAUUUCUCGCGUUCCGAAUACUUUGCCUUGAAGUGACAAAAUAAUAAACUAUAACUUGUAUGUAAUUUGAUUUUUUUUUAUUUAUUUACUUAUACUGUAUAAAUAUGUUGUGUUUCCUCUUACAAUGAUGGGAUAAAAUUUUUUUUAAUUAGUGUCUGAAAAUAGUUCUUCUUUAGAAAUGUAUGUAAUUGCUGAAAAGAUAAAACAUUUUCUUAUAUUUUGUUACAGAAUAUUUUUAGAAUGUCAUUAAUAUCAGUUCCUUCUAUUUAGGAUGUUUUCUUGACUGUCUUUCGUUGGUAUAUAUGUCAAUGUCUUGUAAAGACCUUGCCGUCAUUGGGAUACAUUGCAGUUCAAAAAAUAUUGAUGAAAAUAUUAUUUGUAGCAGCAAUGCGGGUUUUUCUUUAUAUUAUUUUUAUGAUAAAAUCUGCUAAAAAGUUUAAUCGUCAGAUCUUUUAGUACAUAUAUUUUUAGCAAUCAAGAACUUUUUCGUACAGGAAUUAACAACUUCUAAAAUAUAUCUGUUUUCCCAUUUCUUCCAAAUUAAAUAUUGUAUAAAUGCUUUUUCUUAACCUCUUCAUAACAAAAAAAUGAUAUAUGUAAUUAAAAAUCGUAGCCCGAUGGGCAAAAACACUGGAGUUGUUACUAUUAUGCAAAUAAAUACUAAUAUUCUUGUAAAUUAUUUAUUUAUUUAUGUCUCAAUCUCAAAGGGUUAUUGGCGGUAGUACAAGUUACAAGUUAUUUAGUACAUUGAUGGAAUAUAAGUAUGAUGGAAAAUUUUUCAUAUCAAUUCCGUCACUUAAUAUUGUUUGUAAGGUAUACUGUAAUUUAUCUUCAAGUCUCUCUAUGCAAUAUAAAGGACACUCCAGUUAAUAUCGCGAGCACUGAGUACAAUAUCACAUACGUAGAAUUGUGGUUUUAAUUUACUCUCCAGCAGACGUUUAUGGGUGAUAGCGGUAUGGCAUAUUCUCAGACGAGAUAUACCUAAACACUUACGUUUGAUGUAAACGCUUUGUAUUUGGGUCAUAUAAUUGCAAUAAAUUGUACACAUAAAUAAAUACUUUAAAAUAAAUUAUUUUCAAAUAUAUCUAAUACUAAAGAUAUUUUUUUUGCCAGGUCAUCAAAUAUAAUAAAAGGUGUACUUCAAUCUCUCCAGUUGUUGAAUAUUUAUUUUUGCUAGUCUUUCAAUAAUUUGCUAUGAAUAAGUCCGGUCGUGGAAUGUUAUCCAUUGCAAAUUGUUGAAAUCUUUUUGUUAUUUAGAUUUUUUAAUGGCACCAUGUUUGUAAAUUUGCCUAAAAAGUUCAUCUAAAAUCGACUAGUCACAGAAACGUACUUAAAAACAUUAAUUUUUUUGGCCUGUUACUUAUCUUGGACUUAUCUCUCUCAGUAUUAUUUUAUUGUAAAAUACACUAAAAAAUGUAUGAUUUGUAAAAUUUAUAAUUUUUAGCACCUUUUUUUAUAAAAAUACUAAGAAAGAAUUAACUUUUUAUUGCUUACAAAAAUUUAUUUAUACAAUUUAAUAAACUGUAAGAUGUAAAACGGUAAAUUUUUAUUUAUUUUAUAGAAGUAAUUGGAGCUUGUAUUAUUUUUAUGCUCUUGUUUCUUUUUUUUUUGAGAUUUAAUAAUACCUAAAAUAAAAAUCUUCAUUUAAAAUGUUCAGUUUUAGCUUCACGCAAACUUUUAAUUAUCCCAAUAAAUUCUGCAGCACAAUCUGUUUUAAACAUUGGUACUUAUAGGCAUAUUCAUAUUUUUUCUCCAUCAUCAUUAUCAAUUAAUUAUGGUAAACUUAAACAUCAAAAUUGUUAGCAGAAUAUUCAUUUUUUGUGGUGAGUUUUGAGCCAAAGCCUUGUUACUAAGCAAAGCUGGUUUUAUAGUGAUGACAGGGAGUUGGUAAUUAUAUUUGAACGACUUGGACACCUCACAGGAGUGCCAUUGAUAUUAUUUGUUAAAUAUAUACAUUUAAAAUUUCUUUCAAUAUGUACUUUCUCUUCUGACUUCUUGUUCAUCCAUUAAUUAAAAUAUUUUUACAGACAAAAACUUAACAAAUUAGACAAACAAUAAUCACUAUUGUGCAUAUUUAAAAUUAAAAAGUAAAAUAUAGUUUGACCUAUAAUAUUUUUGUUCGGUUAUCUUAGAGGUCUUCCUGCAAAACUUAUUUGGUUAGAUAGAUUACUCUAGUCAUUGUAAAACGGUAAAACUGUAGGGACGUAUUAGAUUGCGAUUGAAAUAUCGUAUACCUAUUAUGAGGUUUCUAAUUUUAAUAUAAAUGGCCUCUUUUUAUGCCAAAAAUUUGAUGGACGUCUAUAUGAGAAACAAAAUUGUCACAAAUAAAUAAUAUAAGCUCUGAUUACUCAAGAGAUAAGUAUACUGUUUAAUUUUGUAAAAUGUUUCUUUAAAUAAAUAAACCUAUCAACACAAAAUGUAAUGUUCAAAUAAUACUUUGUUUUCUGUAAAAUGUGUAAUAAUGUACCAAAGAGACGGAAGUUUUAUCAAAGGCCGUCAAGGUAUUUUAAGUCUUGUAUUGUUUAAAAAUGUGAUAGGCCCAAACUACAGGCCCCGUCUUGCCCUCAAACCAAACCUGUCACAUUCUCUUUUACUUAUAAGCAUCAGUUUAUAUUUAGAAAAAUAAAUUCAAUUUAGUA